GCCGUUAUUUAUGUCCCCCGCUGGACCCGUUCCCUGGCACUCCGGCUCCGCUCCCCGCAGCGCUCACGCUCCCCACGGCCCACGCUCUCGGCAGCCGCAAACGCUCCUCCAUCUCUCUCCUCCGCCGCGACCCGAGAGAGGGAGGCAGGCAUGGCCGGUGCGGCGGGCGACGACGCCGGGAUGGACGCCGUCCAGAGGCGGCUCAUGUUCGAGGACGAGUGCAUUUUGGUGGAUGAGCAGGACAAUGUUGUUGGCCAUGAAUCAAAGUACAACUGCCAUCUGAUGGAAAAGAUUGAAUCUGAGAAUCUGCUCCACAGGGCUUUCAGUGUGUUCCUUUUCAACUCAAAAUAUGAGCUGCUACUUCAGCAAAGGUCUGCAACAAAGGUUACAUUUCCUUUAGUUUGGACCAACACCUGCUGCAGCCAUCCUCUGUACCGUGAGUCUGAACUUAUCCAGGAGAACUACCUUGGUACGUUACAGAAAAUCUUGCAAACUGAAAUUGUUUGCUUCCGUUUCUCAUUUUCUCUCUGUAAUAAUGACUUAACCUUUUGUUCUUCAGGUACGAGAAAUGCAGCACAGAGGAAGCUCCUGGAUGAGCUGGGCAUCCCAGCUCAAGAUGCCCCGGUUGACCAAUUCACCCCUGUUGGUCGGAUGCUCUACAAGGCUCCAUCUGAUGGAAAAUGGGGCGAGCAUGAGCUUGACUCCAUCCUGAUCAUGGUCCGGGACGUGAAGCUGCAGCCGAACCCAGAUGAGGUCGCGGACGUGAAGUAUGUGAACCGCGAGCAGCUGAAGGAGCUGAUCCAGAAGGCGGACGCCGGCGAGGACGGCAUGAAGCUCUCCCCCUGGUUCCGGCUGAUCGUCGACAACUUCCUGAUGCGCUGGUGGGAUCAUGUGGAGAAGGGCACCCUCAGCGAGGUCGUGGACAUGGAGACCAUCCACAAGCUGAAGGAUUGAGGGGCCACUGCCAGACGUGGCUCCAGUGACCUCGUCGCCCGACGUUGCUCUGCCGCAUGCUUGUCGCUCGUACCUAAGAGGGUUUGCUCCUGUGUGCCUAUUGGCCCUAUUGAGAACCAGAUCGUUUGUUUAACCAGUGUUUAUACCUCGGCCGAAUAAACAGCAAUAAGUUUGACCUGUUCGUCCCGUCA